AUGCCCCCCUAUGCCCGUGUCACGACCCCCUUGCCCCUGCCCAUGCUUCCCAUACCCCUGUCACGACCCCCCCUCCCCUUUGCCAUGCCCCCCAUGCCCCUGUCACGACCCGCCUCCCCUGGCCAUGCCCCGCCAUGGCCCCUGUUCAUGGACCCCCUUCCCCGUACCACGCACCCCCGCUGCCCCUGUCACGACCCCUUCCCCCUGCCAUGCCCCCCAUGCCCCGGCCACCGGACCCCGCAGACCCCCAUGCCACCCAUGCCCUGCCACGAAUCCUCCCCUAGCAUGAUACCCCCCCAUAGCCCCGCCUUCCCCUUGCCAUGCGCCGUCACGACCACCCUCCCCCCAGCUGACAUAGACACCUGCGACCGAGUCCUGUCUCCAUAUCCUGUGACGCAUGACCGAUCGCGGUGCACACAAUCCUCUGUUCACGUCUCAAACGAAUUCUCUGAAUACGGCGAAGUCUCCUUGCGCGUAAUGCGUGUGGCGGAAACUUAA